AUGGGAGAAGGAUGCCCCUUACUACGCGGCGUGAGCAGCCUUGACGGGGCUACUCCUGUGGCUCCACUCAGUGACUUCCAGCCACAGGAGAUUAAUGAAGAGCGCUCCGUGACCGAAACCAGCAAAUGGUCACUGAAGUCAUUCUUGGACAGCUCCAGGAUCCAGCAUGUCAACAGUGGGAACGGGAUCCUGGAUGAAGCAGUUGCCAGCAGUUCCCAGAGGAGCUCACCUGGUGAUGACCGCUGGGAGGUGCCAGGCUGGCCUUUUCCCUGCCGAAGCCUGGAAAGCUCAACGCGAGGGCCAGAGCAGCCAUUUCUCCCUCCUCUCUCCUUCACAGAGUCUUCCUUCCCAGGGGCCGAGACUCCGCAAGCCAGCGUGGAGGACGAGGGGUCGGAAGGGGACUGUGACACCAGUUCACCCAGAGUCCCGAAGCCAAAGAAGUGGCUAAUAAAGAGGCUGCUGCACACUGACAUGGUAGAAGACUCGUCCUUGGCAGAGUGCUCCUCUACGGAUGAGGAUGACACCAUGUAUGACGUGAGCAGCAUUGAGGACGAGGUGUGGGACUCUCCACCGGCCCCCAGUUCGGCCAGGAACAUCGACGGUGAAGAAGAAGGAAGAGGACAGCUGGCCCCAGACUGGUUCUCCUCAGUCCAUCUGGGAGAGGGGAGAGCAACAAAGAAGAUCGGGGACGUCAUCCGGUGUGUGGAGUAUGCCAGUGAGGUGGAGGAGAGGUUCCCCGAACUCCUGGUGGGCCUGGUGAACAAGAUCCUCACCAGCCUGCAGAACACCACCGAGGGAGUGAGGAACUGGGAGAGCCAAGACUUGCCUCCUGAGGAGACCUCGCAGAUUGUCCGGACCCUGCUGGAGAGGGUGGCACAGGUGACCCAAGAGAAGACCUGCUGGGAAUCCCUGUGCUCUCCGCAAAGCUGCCUCCAGGGUGUGGCCCUCUUGGUGAGGGCUCUCCUACAGACACCAUCCUCCACAGUGGCCAGGCUGAAGGAAUACCUGGCUUCCCUCUUCAGCCUGGACAAAGAUCCAGAACAGCUUUCCCUCGCAGAGGUGGCCUUCUUUGUGGAGCUACUCCUGAAAGACAAAGACUUCGGCGCCUUGGAGAAGACUUGGAUGCUCCUGGUAGCGUGGCUAGUCCACCCCAGCCAGAACAUCCGCUACCUGAGUGAAAGGGGACUUCUCCAAAUUUAUGGAAAGCUGAAGGCAGCAAAGAAACCCCAGGAUUUUAGUGCCGGGAUCCUGGGAGGGCUCAGGACCUCCAGUCUGGAAGCCACUUUGGGGGUCCUGGCCUUCAUGGAGUGGCUGAGGCACUGCCCAUCAGAACAUCAGGCCACAGUGAAUGCUGUCCUGGCUGCCCUGUGCCGCCCUCUCUUCCACCACGAAGAGGCUAAGAUCCGAAGGGCAGCCAUGAAGACCUAUCUGGAUCUCCUGCAGCACCGCCACCACCAUCAUGAGGGUACAGAAGAAAACAUCACGACCCUCAUCGCAGUGCUGAUGCAUGUGGAGGAUGAGGACCUGGAGGUGGGCUUUCACAGAUUCGGCAGCUCGGCACAGAGGACGCAGUGGAGAUGGAGGCCAACAAUAUCCUGGGCUUCUUCCGCAGCGAGCAGCCUUCAGUGAGGAGAACGGCUGCCCUGCUGAUCGGUCACCUGGUCCACAAAAAGGGCAGCAUCCUCACUGAAGGGAACAUAGAGACCUUCCAUGCUGCU